GGAUAGCCUAGGCGUUGAUGUAGAACUUGUAUACCUGCUUCGGCGUGGGUAGCCUAGGCGUUGGUGUAGGAACUUGAAUACCUGCUUCGGCGUGGGUAGCCUAGGCGUUGGUGUAGGAAUUUGUAUCUUGAACUAGAGGUCCACUGGGGAUUGUUGUUUUGAAUCUUUUGACUUUGUAUAGGCCAGCAUAGGAUAGCCCCCAGUUUAGAAUUUUGACACUUUGUAUGCUACUUGAUUUAGUAUGCCUCGUCACACUCGGAUGAAACUCGCUGAAUCAUCUGUGGUUCGAGCUGCCGAGGAAGACGCUUCGGAUGAUGAAGCGACUGCAAUAAAUGCGCCAGGUGGGGGUAUGGUUCCCCGAGAUGCUCCCGCUUUCCCUAGUACUGGUUGGAUCCCUUCUGACCUGGUGUUUUGGCCGGAUUGGCACUUGUCUCAGCGGCCUCGCGCUGGCAUGGUGAGUCUUGUACUGUGUUUUGGGUUUGUACUUUGUAAUUGUAUAGGUCUUGAGCUAACUCGUUCACCUUUAGGCCGAUGGAAAGCCGUUCCGUACUUAAAGUCUUCGUGCUGAUGCGGAGGCUAUGGAGAUUUGAUCGCAGAUGGGCCUGGCCGAUUUCUGGCGCACCAUGGGAGGUUCUCCGAGGAGAACGGGGAUUAAAAACCGUUUGUGGGCUUUGUUAGAGCGGUGGUGGGAUACCACCAACACUUUCCACAUGGCAUGGGGGGAUAUUACUAUCACCCCUCUUGAAUUUGCUAUGAUUACAGGUCUUCCUUUUUCUGAGAGGAACGUGACCUUUGAUUGUGAGCUGACGUGGCGCUCGGCCGCUGCCAAGGACUUGCUCGGCCCUGUUGUUGACUUGUCUGAUGAUGAUGCUCACGCUUCUGUGAAGGUGAUUGUGGAGGCUAUCUGCGGUGGGGGGGUGUCCGCGGAGCAGAGGGUUAGGCUUUUCCUCCUAGCCUUGGUGAGCAGAGUGAUGGCCCGGAGUAGGAAUAGUCGGGUGCACAUCAAAUUCUUGUCCGCUUUACGGGACUUGGGAGCUGUUUCGAGCUAUAACUGGGGUGGCUUGGCAUACAGCCACCUUUUGUACGAGAUGAAGCGAGCCUCCCAGACUGCACUAGGGAAUGACCCGAGCAUGGCUGCUCUUUGGAGCGUGCUGGAGAUUUGGAUCUAUGAGCACUUUCCGACUUUGGCGCUCGAGCGUACUAGAGAUGCGGCUUACCCGUAUGUUGCCUCUUGGAUAGGAGCGGUGCGCGUUGGUGCGUCUCUGGCGGCUUCUCGCAGGGCUUGGAGAGUUCUAUCCGCUGAAGAUGUGGUAUGGCGUCCUUUCGUCAACGCGGUUGUACCUGUCUCGGCUGCUCGUGCCCAUUUCCUGUCUGGGCGGCGGGUUUUGCUUCCAGGGGUGUACCGCCAUAUGUGGUAUCUGGGGGAGCGAGUGUCCCUUCAACACCAUUCAGGUGAUAGGCUUGUCCCCAAGGAUCCACUGGAGUCCAUGCUGGCUCUGGAUGAAGAUCUUGCCCGGCUCUAUGCGGAGGCUAGGGGCGAGGCUGUUUGCCGCUCUUGGAGGGAGUUUGUACACAGGAAGGGGAGCUAUGACGACUUCCUGAGGAGGCUGGCUCCACCAGUACGCUUCGUACUGCCGGAGGAGGAGGUUGAUCCUGAGGACAUUCCUCGUGCUGAUAGGAUCCUCCGCUAUGAGAACUCGGAUGGGGAAGAGGUGGUGGAGACCAUUCCUUGGGCUUCUCCUCCGCACCGGAAAUCAUAUGAUGAUGUACCUGAGCAUACGCCCCUGCGCCUCGGGCGAGAGUGCGUCGCUGGAUGCUCUUGCUUGAUUCUUGGAAGAGGCAGUGUGUCAAGCUGACCCGGUAGCUUUCUGGCCGGAACAAAGAGGAGUGCCGUCGAGACCGUAGACUCUAUGUUGACAGGGAGCAUCAGGCUGAGACGUCCUUGGGACAGGAGGGACCGAGCUUGGACCUGGGACAGGGGUCCUGUGCUGGUGCUCAUUAGAGGCAUUCUGAUGCUGAGCGGGGAGCUUCCCCUUUUGUACAUGUUGAUCCCACCAGGCAUUCAUUUGGAGGUGCUAGCGGUUCACGACCCUUUGUUCCUCCUUCCGGUUACUACUUUGGAGGAUGUGGUCCUCAGCCUUGGGGUGCAGGUUCAUGGGCUUGCUAUGCGGAGAUGGAGAGGAUGCGCCAGACACAGAUGUUUGGGUCGUACCCGUAUAUGCCGAUGCCGCCGCUUUAUCAGUAUUCCUCUUCUCAGGAGGGAGCUCAUCCCUCCACUAGCACACUUCGUAUCUCGGAGGAGGAUCCUAGUACCCCUGGGACGGAGCUGGAUCGGGAGCUGGAGUGCCUUAGGAGGCUAAACAGGACAAGGCGCUUGUGGUUGACGUCACCG